CGACUCAUACAGCAAAACUCACACUUCUAGGUAUUAUUGGUUGGCUAGAUCAAAGUGAUCUAAACAUCGAAUAAUAGUUUCGCCAACAUAGGAUCGUCCUCAUCAGUCUUACAGUGGAACAGGCAUAUUUACCGGCGGUCGACACCAGCUGCUAUAUUUCUAUAUCUCAAGGCAGCAUUCAACUUUGUCAACUGUGAGAUGUUGUAGAAAUGUCUGACUGUGAAGGGAGUACCAAGUAAGUAUAUAUUACUUAUCAAAGCUCUUUACUCGUACUCACCCAGUCGUGUAAGGGUUUAUGGAAAGUUUUCAUGUGAAUUGAUGAUAACUAGUGGUGUCAGCCUAGGAUGUUCACCGUCACAGUUUCCAUUUAACUUCAUCUUUGAUGUACUAAUGAACAUAACCUUGGAUAUUUCUGACUUCACAGGGACUCAUUUACUCCUCGGAGGCUAUCUGGUUGACUCGGAGUACGCAGAAAACAUUUUCCUGCCACAUGAAGAUGAUGAAAAAAUCCAGGGUCUUUUGGAUGGGUUGAGCAGAAAUCUGAGUAUGUUUAGCAUGCGUUUCGCUGGCACUAUUCAAAUGUUAGAUGAUGCUCCAGGACUGGUCUGCAACCACUCCCAGUUUGGUGACAGGGAGUAAAGAGGUAGAAUGUGUCCACCACUUCACUUACUUGGGGAGUUGCAUCUGCUCGAAC